UUUAAUCGAGUGAGGAGCGCGCAAGCGCGCGCGCGCGCGGGCGCGCAGGUGUUUGUUUGUGCCCCGUGUGGUGAGUGUGUGUGAAGUGCGUGUGUACGGAAAUCCGUCGGAGCCGCGGUGUCUCUACGAAAUUGUCGUCUAUACAUCACUAUAUACAACGGACAUCGUCGCUCUUUACGGCCGUUUUCCCUUCUUGGAUUCCUCUCCCUUUCCCCUCUCCACCCGCGCACGUCCCUCUUUCCGCCGCCGCGCGGGCUGACCAUCGGUCGGCGGAACACCGGAGAGUGCCCUCCUGUGCGGUUUUUGCGUUGUGGACCGCGCGCGCGAGUGGCUGGUGCCAAGCAGCAGCAGCAGCAGCAGCAGCGUGAGGUGAGGUUACGCGUGGUGCAGUCGUCGGGCCCCGACUUGAGAUGCCGUGGCUGCUGAAACUACGGACUCGCGAUUAAGUUCGGGAGGUAACGUAAGUGAGUGACGACGUCACGAUGCGCAUGUCGCUGCCGCUGGGGUUAGUGCUCGUGGCAGCAGUCACGCUGCUGGCAAGUGUAAACGUUAACGCGGAAGCACACCUACGCAUCAACACGGACACGGUCACGUCGUCGUAUCACUUCGGAACGAAGGAUCACGAUCAGGUGAUAGCCGGGAUGGAGGCUAGCUUACUCUCCCUCCUGGGCUUCUCGAAGAAACCGAGGCCGCAAGGUCAGGUGCAUAUACCGAAAUCGCUCAGGGAUCUUCACGCUCGUCAGAAUGCCAUCGGUAUCGCGGAUAUCGCGAAGCCGGGUAUUCACGCGCGAUCGGCCAACACCGUUCGUUCGUUCCCACAUAUUGAGAGCGAUCUGGACCACAAAUUCCAAUCUCCAAACCGUUUCCGGUUGUCCUUCAACCUAAGCAGGAUACCUAGCGGCGAGACAUUGCAGGCAGCGGAGUUGAGUUUGACGCGUGUCGCAGUGGCGAAUGUCGAAAAUGUAAGCGCGGAACAUAAGCACGGCCGGGUACUGGUGUAUGACAUAAUACGGCCCGGCGUGAAGGGUCAUAGCAAGCCGCUGUUGCGGCUGAUAGACAGCAAGGUGAUCGAUGCGACGAAGAACGCUACGAUUAAUCUGGAUGUGCAUCCAGCUGUGGUGAGAUGGCUAAAGAAUCAUCAGGAUAACCACGGGCUGCUGGUGCACGUGACUGGUGCACUAGCCCGCACACAGGAACACGUGCGGCUGAGACGGGCCGUCGACGAACACAAAGACGCGUGGGUGGUGAGCCGGCCGAUGCUCUACACGUACAUGGACGACGGCCAUUAUGAGAUGGCAUCCGCGAGUCAGAUACUGGACCGACGGGCCAGGCGAGCCACCCUACGGAAGAAUCGGCGGAAGGACGGCCGCGAGAAUUGCCGGCGGCAUCCGCUCUACGUCGACUUCGCGGACGUCGGCUGGAACGAUUGGAUCGUCGCGCCGCCCGGAUACGACGCCUUCUACUGCCACGGUGAUUGCCCGUUUCCUCUGGCGGACCAUCUGAACUCGACGAAUCACGCGAUCGUGCAGACCCUCGUUUACUCGACAAAGCCGACAAUGGUACCUAAGGCGUGUUGCGUGCCAACAGCGCUCAGCUCGAUAUCGAUGCUUUAUUUAGACGAGGAGAAUAAAGUAGUGCUUAAAAACUAUCAGGACAUGGCGGUCCUUGGAUGUGGUUGUCGUUAA